AUGAGUGGUGCCAAUAACAAUCAUCAAGUUUAUUAUAGUAAAGGAUUUGAAAAAUCAAUUUCUGAUACACAUUCAUGGAGAACAGUAGAAAAUUCAGCUAAAUAUGUUAUUCCAUUAAUUAAACCAAAUAUUAAAAUAUUAGAUGUUGGAUGUGGACCGGGUUCAAUAACUAUAGAUUUUGCUAAAAACUAUUUAUCAUCACCAGAAACAAAUAAUAAUGGUAGUGGUAGUGGUAGUGGUGGUGGUGGUGGUGGUGGCUCUAUUAUUGGUAUUGAACCAACACAAGAAUUAAUUGAUAUUGCUAAUGAAAAUAAAUCAAAAUUAGUUCCUGAAUUAACCAAUAUUUCAUUUCAAAUUGGUUCAAUUUAUGAAUUACCAUUUGAUGAUGAUUCAUUUGAUUUAGUUCAUGCUCAUCAAGUAAUUAUUCAUUUACAAAACCCCAUUGAAGCAUUAAAAGAAUUGAAAAGAGUGACUAAACCUGGAGGAUUUAUAUGUAUUAGAGAUGCUGAUUUAGAAUCAAGUAUUGUAUCACCGGUGGAGAAAUACGAAUCAUUACGGGAAUUUUAUGUGAUUAAAGCUAAAAAUGCAAUAUCUACUGAUACUAAAGCUGGUAGAAAAUUAAGAAAUAAAGCAUUAGAAGCAGGAUAUGAAUCAAAGAAUUUGAAAACAUUUUCUUCAUCUUGGUUAUUAGCUGAUGAUUUACAAAUUAAAAAAUCUUGGGCUAAUGCUACAAUUAAUAGAAUUAAAAGUGAUGUUGAAAAAUUAAAUGUUAAUGACCCAAUGAAGAAUAAACAAAUGAAUGAAAAAUUUAUUAAAUUAUGGCAAGAAUGGCUGGAAGAUGAAACUUCAUUAUUUACUAUGAUUCAUUUUGAAAUUAUUUAUCAGAAACCUACUACUACUAGACAAGUAUAA